UUCGUCAAGACCCUGACGGGUAAGACCAUCACCUUGGAGGUCGAGUCUUCGGACACGAUCGACAAUGUGAAGGCCAAGAUCCAAGACAAGGAGGGAAUUCCUCCUGACCAACAACGUCUCAUCUUCGCUGGCAAGCAGCUCGAGGACGGCAGGACUCUGUCCGAUUACAACAUCCAGAAGGAGAGCACUCUUCACCUUGUGCUCCGUCUUCGCGGUGGUUUGAUUGAGCCUUCGCUCAAG